AUGUACUGGAGUCGUGCCCCGGUCUACGGUGCCAUACCUCAAAGAAAUAUGCGAGGCCAUACCGUGACACUGCUGGAUAAUGUCGCUUGGAUUUUUGGUGGAUGUGACGAUAAGGAUACGGCACGGGAUAUCUAUUGCUUUGACAUUGAUACGAUGCAGUGGUCGCAUCCAGACACCAUUGGCGACGCACCUCCUCCUUCACGGGCUCACACAGCUGUCAUGGUCGACCGUCAAAUCGUUGUAUAUGGGGGCGGACAAGGCGGCACAACUCGAACGUGGUCACGCCCUACAAUUGUAGGGGAUAUACCGCCGCAGAGAAGAGCACACACCGCCAUUCUUUACGAGAACAAGAUUUGGAUCUUUGGUGGCGGAAACGGCAUGACUGCAUUGAAUGAUGUCUGGACACUAGAUGUUUCCAAUAUGACCGAAAUGCGCUGGGAGAAGAUAACGACACAUGGAGAAAAGCAGCCAACGCCCAGGGGAUACCACACUGCAAACCUCGCUGACCACUUCAUGAUCAUCAUUGGAGGAAGUGACGGAGCCGACUGUUUUGCAGAAAUAUGGUUUUUGAAUCUCAAAACAUUUGAGUGGACUCUAAUAGACCUCCCUGAAAACGAAUCCUAUAAACGAUUAUCUCAUACAUCAACCCAAGUGGGAACUUAUCUUUACGUUCAAGGUGGGCAUGACGGAUCAGAAUACACGUCUGACGUGAAAUGCUUUAGCCUUGUGAACUUUCAGUAUGAGAGUCGACCAAUAUAUGGUCGACCACCCAGUCAGCGAGGAUAUCAUGUUGCUGUGCUUGCCGACAGUCGACUCUUCUUUUUUGGUGGAUACAACGGAAUGACGGCCUUUGAUGAUGUCCAUCUGAUUGAUCUGGCUGGCUCAGCAUUUCUACCUCAAGUAACGAGCUUUGAUAUUGUUCUGUAG